UUGCGUACGAAAUGAGAGGCAUUUUGUCAUAUUUCAUAAACUAUAAGGGCAUAUUUGCAAGUUUCCGACACAGAUCAACCUCCUAAAAAGAGUCGGACUCAAUUCGCACCCAAAAGAGUUUAUUUCUGAGCCGAGAAUUUAAAAAAGAAUUAAGAAAAAUGGCGAGCUCUCUGCAACGAAUUUGGAGCCGUGGUCGAGCUCUGGGCACGAAAAUGGGCCCACUUUCGAGACCGUUUUCAGCGACAACAGACGCAUUGGUGGAGGCGCAAGCAAAGCCUGGCGAGAUCGGUAUGGUCUCUGGAAUCCCGCAAGAGCAUCUCCGCCGUAGGGUGGUUAUUUACUCACCAGCUAGAACUGCAACUCAACAAGGAUCUGGAAAAGUUGGAAGGUGGAAGAUUAAUUUCAUGUCCACGCAAAAGUGGGAAAAUCCAUUGAUGGGUUGGACAUCCACAGGGGACCCAUAUGCCAAUGUUGGUGAUUCUGCACUCAGUUUUGACAGUGAAGAAGCUGCAAAGGAAUUUGCUGAGCGACAUGGUUGGGAAUAUGUGGUAAAAAAGCGCCACACACCAUUAUUGAAGGUAAAGUCAUAUGCAGAUAAUUUCAAGUUUAAGGGUCUUCCUAAAACAGAGGGCAACUGAUUGUAUUUCUCAUCCGUUCUGUUUCUUGGCACUGUAAGACAGAAGUUGCACAAAAUUGUUUGCAGUUUUCUUCACUGCACAUUUCUGCAUGCGGCAGCAAUACACUUGUGAUAACACUCGUCCCAAGUGAAGCUUUUUCAUAAUAAAAUGGGAUUAAUGGAUCCGCCCUUUUGUAACUUUUCUUUUGUUAUGUCUAUGCAAAGCUAUGAAAAGAAUCUCAAUUACAUUUGUUGGACCAUUGAUUGUUUAAAAUCUGUAAUCACAUAUUCUAUCA